AUGGACCCCGCGGAGACAUCCCCCGCCGACCAGGGGGCUCAGCUGCUGGACAUCAGCACCUGCUCGCCCGCAACGGAGCCCCGAGGGGAGCCCGCCACGCCGGAGAAGCCGCCCUACUCCUACGUGGCUCUCAUCGCCAUGGCCAUUAAGGACAGCCCGGACAGGAGACAGACCCUGAGCGGCAUCUACAGCUACAUCAUCUCCAGGUUCCCCUUCUACGAGACGAACAGGAAGGGCUGGCAGAACAGCAUCAGGCACAACCUGUCUCUGAACGAGUGCUUCGUGAAAGUCCGCCGGGAGGGCACCGGGGACGGGAAGGGCAACUACUGGAUGCUGGACCCGGCCUUCCACGAGAUGUUCGAGAGGGGGAACUACCGGCGGAGGAGGCGGGUGAGGAGACCCUACAGACCCCCCAGUGUGCCCUACCUGGACUACCCGGACCCGGUCUACCUGCCGCCCUACGUGGGCAGCCACUGGGGUGUGCGUCCGCCCCCGCCCGGCUCGACCCAGGUCAUCCCCGGUCACACCCGCUGCUUGUCCCCGGGGAGCUCGUACUGCCCUCCCCAGCACUUCCAGCACCCCCCCUACGGAGCCUACCACUGCCACCUGCCCGCCGUGCUGGUGCCCCACAGCGGCUUCCCCUACGGCGGAGUCACGCAGCCGAUGAGCCCGGACGGAGGCACCGUGUCCGUGGGGUGCAGCUACCAGCAGUUCCCCUCCUACUCGAGGCCAGCGGAGCCGCAGCUCAGCCUCUCCUUCGACCACUAG